UACUACAAGUACUAGUACAAAUAUUGAAACUGUAAUAACAACAAUUUCCCCAAAAAAAGCCAGGUUCCCUUUUAUUCUCCCCAGCAAACGUAAAAACACGCAACAAACAGCAACAGCAACAACAACAACAACAAAAAACACACAAUUUCAAUUUGUUCAUCUCCUCAAAUCUUAUUUAUCUCUCUCUUCCCCUGAUAUUUUUGUAAUCAUCUCUGUAUCUCUUCUCUUAACACCCAACUUUCUGGCAAAGAUCGUUAUCCCCACUUUCUGUCCACUCAUAUCCAAUCCCUCUUUCAAACCCUAACUCCCCUUUUUUUUUACCCAUUGCAUUUUCAAGCAUUUCCCAGAAUUCCCCCAUUUUUUCUGAUUGUAAUUUUGAUGGGGUAAUUUAGAAAAAAAAGCUGUGUUCUUUAGAAGAAAGGAAAGAUGAUGGAGUGGGAUAGUAGCUCCUCUGAUGAUAGUGGUGAUGAAUUUGAAGGGUUCUUGUUGAAUGAUGGAGUGGGGUCCAUGCCUUUUCCUGUUCAAAAUCUGCUUCAAACGACGCCAUGUGGGUUUGUUGUUACAGAUGCUUUGGAAGCUGAUCAUCCUAUUAUCUAUGUUAAUACUGUCUUUGAGAUGGUUUCUGGGUAUCGAGCUGAAGAAGUUCUUGGUCGCAACUGUCGCUUUUUACAAUGCAGAGGUCCAUUUGCUAAAAGAAGACAUCCAUUGGUGGACUCCGCUGUUGUUGCAGAAAUAAGGAGGUGCCUUGAGGACGGCAUCGAGUUUCAAGGUGAAUUAUUAAACUUUAGGAAAGAUGGGUCUCCUCUAAUGAACAGAUUACGGCUGGUGCCUAUAUAUGGAGAUGAUGAAAGCAUAACUCACUUUAUUGGGAUUCAGUUAUUCUCAGAGGCUAAUGUUGAUCUGGGUCCACUUCCUAGCUUUUCAGCAAAAGAAUCCUUGAAGGCAUCUGAUCUAUUUCGUUCCAGUCUUUCAUCAUUCCAACCUCGGGAGCGCCACAUGUCUUUUGAGGUUUGUGGGUUGUUUCAACUGAAUGAUGAAGUCAUUGCUUUGAAGAUAUUGUCACUACUGACGCCAAGGGAUAUUGCUGCUGUGAGUUCUGUCUGCAGGCGGUUCUAUGAGCUAACAAAAAAUGAGGAUCUUUGGAGAAUGGUCUGUCAGAAUGCGUGGGGUACUGAAACAACCCGUGUUCUGGAGACUGUUCCUGGGGCGAAGAGACUCGGGUGGGGCCGGCUAGCAAGAGAACUGACUACCCUUGAAGCAGCUACAUGGAGGAAGGUGACUGUUGGGGGUGCAGUGGAGCCCUCACGUUGCAACUUCAGUGCUUGUGCUGUUGGAAAUCGGGUUGUCUUGUUUGGUGGAGAAGGGGUCAACAUGCAACCUAUGAAUGACACAUUUGUGUUAGAUUUAAAUUCAAACAACCCUGAAUGGCGGCAUGUCAAAGUGAGCUCUCCACCUCCAGGUCGUUGGGGUCACACUCUCUCUUGUGUGAAUGAUUCAAACCUGGUUGUUUUUGGUGGGUGUGGAACUCAAGGACUGCUAAAUGACGUUUUUGUCCUCGAUUUGGAUGCAAAGCAACCAACCUGGCGUGAAAUUUCUGGAUUGGCACCUCCUCUUCCAAGAUCAUGGCACAGCUCUUGCACACUUGAUGGAACCAAGUUAAUCGUUUCAGGUGGAUGUGCAGAUUCAGGGGUACUUUUGAGCGAUACUUUUCUUCUAGAUCUAUCAUUGGAUAAACCCGUGUGGCGAGAAAUUCCAGCGGCGUGGUCCCCACCUUGUCGCCUUGGCCACACGUUGUCAGUCUAUGGUGGGAAGAAAAUCUUGAUGUUCGGAGGUUUGGCUAAGAGUGGGCCACUACGGUUCCGUUCAAAUGAUGUAUACACAAUGGACUUGAGUGAGGAAGAGCCGUGCUGGAGAUGUGUUACUGGUAGUGGGAUGCCGGGUGCUGGAAAUCCUGGAGGCAUUGCUCCUCCGCCGCGGUUAGAUCAUGUGGCUGUGAGCCUUCCAGGUGGCAGGAUCCUAGUGUUUGGUGGAUCAGUGGCUGGUCUCCAUUCUGCCUCACAUCUGUAUCUACUUGACCCAACUGAAGAAAAGCCAACAUGGAGGGUAUUAAAUGUACCAGGUCGGCCCCCGAGAUUUGCUUGGGGACACAGUACUUGUGUAGUUGGGGGCACGAGAGCUAUCGUUCUUGGUGGUCAAACAGGAGAAGAUUGGAUGUUAACUGAGCUUUUUGAGUUAUCCUUAGCAAGCACAGUUAAACUUGAAGAUUUGCUAUAGGAAAAUGGAAAACGUUGAUAAUACAAGAUGGAAGGAUUUGUGAUUGAUUACUGUUCCAACAGCCAAAUUUACAAUUGUGCAUACUGCAGAUUGAAUUUGUUAUCGGCUGUCCCAAGCUCUGGGUUCGCGUCUUUUGUCAGAUUGACUUCAUUCUCAGGUUUUGAUUUUUGGGGUUUGUAUCAAGUUUCGCUCUGAAAUUAUGUGAAGCAUUCUUCCACAUUUUACUGCAGAUCUUUUAGGUGGGUUAGUUGCUGUAGUGUAGGGCUUCUUCUUCUUGUUCUAGAUCCUGUGCCUUUCUUCUUCUUCUUUUAUCCCCUCCUGUUCGAGGUCUGUAGUACCAACGAGCAAAAAUAAAUUUCCAAAAAAAGAAAAAGAAAAAAAGAAUGUAAGAUAGAAAGCGGGUUUGCAUGUAUAUAGAUCAUAGACCCUGUAUUGUACUGCUUUCAGUAUGCAUCUGUAGUAAGUAAGAAAUACGGAUUUGCUCUCUAAUUAUCGUACAAAGAUCUGUCUCUGUUCAGGUUAUUAUACAGACUUCAACUGAGGAGAUUCUAAUGAGAUGCUGAAGUUGAAGCUGAAGCCGAAGCCGAAGCCGAACACCGGCUUUUUACCUGCAAUAGAUCAAUUUUACUGCUGUAUAUUUUUCUGUUAUAAUUUAUCUGAAGAGUUGUCUACAAUUUUACAACACAUUUCUAUUUUUAUACAUGUAUUCAUUUUUGUUA